AGAAACAGCUAUUUGUUUAAUAGAGGCCAUCACCCGAAAACAUCGCUGUGCCUCCCUCAGACUGCCACGCUCCAGGAGAGAGGAGCUGGAAAGCCUGCAGCUGGCUGUGGGGAGCUCUGGAGCCUGGAGGCCAUCUUAGCCCCAUGUAGAAGAUCACAGCGUGGGUGCAGUAUGAGCUGAAGUUGUUCACUUUGGUGAAGAGGGAUGUAAUAGCAGCCUACAACAAACUUGGAAGGGAGUGACAGAGGUGAUGGAGUGGUGGGAGAGGAAAUAACGAGGAGCAACAGCCAUGUUUACAGCUUGGGAGAUUCAGCAGAGACCUACCAUGUGCACAGGGAAGUGUUCCAAGUGCAUUGGGAUCACCCUGUUCCCACUGGCGGCAUGUGCCAUAGUCUCCAACAUCCUCCUGUACUUCCCCAAUGGACAAGUUCUGCAGCUCAGCGAGAUAACUGAUCUGGUCUGGUUUUUCCAUGGCAUUCUGGGAGCUGGGAUACUGGUUAUUUUGCCGGCAUUCAUGAUGCUGGGAGCAGGCGGAGCAGGAUGUUGCGCUAACAGAUGUGGGAUGCUGCUGUCAGUGGUCCUGGCUGUGCUGGGAUUCGCGGGAGGAGCGUAUUGUGUGGUCAUCUCCUCACUGGGGCUGAUUGGGGGCCCUCUGUGUGACACAGGUGAUGGAGAAUACCUCUACCCUUUCAGGAACGACACUCUGGAAGACAGUUAUUUGUUCAACCAGACAACAUGGAGCAUUUGCAAAGAACCUGAAAACAUAAUCCUUUGGAAUAUUGUCCUUUUCUCUAUUCUUCUGGUCAUUGGUGUGAUUGAAGCUAUUCUUUGUUUUAUUCAAGUCAUCAAUGGACUUACCGGCUUUAUAUGUGGCACAUGUAUGAGGAAAAGAAAGACAAAUAUUUCUGGAAUGUGAAUGACCUACAGGGAAUGCCAGGACACGCCCCGAGCUGCCGAUUCACAUACAAUAAGGAUAGUGCACUGUGCUGUAUUUCUAGGGGGAUGACAAAGAAAGCCCAAAAUGUUCAGGAGUUUCAUGGGGCAAAAUGUAUUUUUUACAAAGAAGUCAGGGUGGAAAAAGGCUAGAUCAUUUAGAUCUGAGAUGCCAAAUUUUCAUCUCUCUAAAUAUUCUUACUAAAUCUCAGGUACUGGCAAAAACACGAAUCUGCCUGGUCCCGACUGCCAUACUUGUGCAUAAAACACAAAGGUCCCCAGACCAAAGCUCACCACUUGUCCUCUUGUGUAUAUGGGAACUGAACUGUUAUUAAUGUAUGCAUCUAUCAGCUGCACGAAGCAGGUGCUCUCUGGCUGGAUGUAAAUAACCUCAUGUCCCCUCCAGAUCCCACCUUGAGCUCACCUGUUUGUUCCUAUUAACUUGCUACCCAUGCACUCCCAGAUUUAAAUUAGGAUGCGCAGAGAAUAUAUCGAGCGACAUGUGCAACACUGCAGAAGCGACUGAAGUACGCGGUUUUCAGCCUCCCUCAGCCGCUCUGGAGCCAAAUCCCCUUGUGCUCGUUUGGUAGCUUGCUAUCAUGUUUGACAAAGUCCAGUGCACUUCUACACCAGUUCUUCAGGAGCAUCUAAGAGACAUGGUAGCCCUGGAGGGGCAUUUGGGUCAAUAUAGACAGUAGGGUUUGGAGCAAGAGUUUAACAAUGUCCAGUUUAACUAAAAGGAGGAGAACCUCAGCACCAAUUUUGUCCUCACGAGACUCCAUAGGCAUCUCACUAAUUUCCACACAGGUCUGUAGGGCUGUUCUAGAAUAGAUCACAUGGACAAGCAAUUAACUGGUAAAGAUAAACAUUAAAUCAAUAAAGGUAGUGAUUAUAUGCAGCAUAGUAGCAAAUAACAGAUAUAAUCUGAAAGGCAACAAAUUGCAUCAGUCUUAGUGUUACAGCAACAGUAAUCCCAACCAGGAACUGCGUUAAUUCCUCAUCAUCAUUUAAGAUCAAGCCCUUGAUGCUAAAGUCCAUGACUGGCAAAUUUCAGAAACCCCAUCAUUUCAGUGACUUCCUCAGAGGUUAUUUCUUGGACAUGCCGCUGAUUUCCCUAAGUCAGCCAAACUGUAGGCAUGUAUGCAGUUAGGAAAACCUGAAUAUAUUUAAAGCACUUGGAGUCUAUUUUUCAAAGACAGACAUUUAUGUUUUCUCAGUCAAAUGUUCAUAUUUCUGCAAUGUAGCAUGGGAGCAAGUUACCUGAACACAGUUAUUGCAGACAUGGUUGGUUGGUUGUGCUAUCCUCUAAUGCAGCACACAAACCCCUUUAUACAGAAUGGGGAAGAAAAUGCCAGUUGUGCUAGAUGAGGAGCACAUGUACAUUUCCUUGGAGCAUAGCUUCACCUCUAGAAGCAGGAAAUUUGACCACAAAACUUAAAAGUACCUUCUGUUAAAAAAGCUGAAGUUUGCAGUCAUGACUAGGUGCAUCCAAACCUGCCAGGUGGCUUAAAAAGCUCACGUUCGUUGUUGGCAGUGAAGCCUGGACAGUGCUACCAUAUAAAGUGGACAUCAAAAUAAAGCCAACUGAUUCAACCAGGAAAAGAGUCAAGGAGGCAGCUAGAAGUAAGGAUAUUCAGCACGUAGCCGGGCCAAGAGAGACUCCUUCAUCAGCAGAGGGGCUCUAUGAACUCUUCACAGCCCCUAAAUAUCAGCCCUGCCCUCAUCCUUCGGUUUUGUCUCCCUGACUCUCACCUCUAUGAUAAAGCCAGUCUGGGCUGUGCCAGCCCUGCGAGAGGGAGAGGUCCCCACUGGCACACACCAGCACAGGAAGGUAAACGCACUGUACUGCUGCCAUCUGCUUGUUCCGACCUGUCCUGCUCUGGGGAUGUUAGUGUCACCUCUGUGUGCUAACGGGGACACCCUCUGUCCUUGUCAACUGUGCAAUCACUGGCCUCACUGAUAUAUGUAAAUAUUAAAUAUUGUUAUUCUGAA